AUCACUUUUUAUGUUUUACAGUUGCCAUCCGCUUUGGAGAUUAAACAUCAAUAACAAAGGAAACGAACAAGAAAGCGAAAGUAAGAGGGAGAGGGAAGAAAUGAUGUGGUUCACGGUAAGGGCUCCCCGUCCAGUUUCGUUUGGGCCGCCGCUCUAUUUGCAGUUGCGGCGAUUCCCAAGCAAGCACAUAGGAAUAAGGAGCUUGCUUUUUAGAUAUGGUGGUCAAAAUAUUCUUCCUCGCAGCUUGAACAUGAAAUUCAGCUCUUGUGUUUCUGCAGCAAAGGCAACGUCGUCUAGUAUUACAGCAGCGGCCACAGGUGCAGCAGCUGGUGGCGAAGAUACGACGACUUCGUUGGAAGUGGAGGAGUUGAGAGAGAUAAAAGACAAGUGCAGACAGUGGAAGUGGAAGGGUAGAUACGCCAUCAAUUACUUUGUUUCUCUUUCUGAUCCACCACCAUCAUCUUCAAAUCCAAAACCCAAGCCUUCUCUACUGCUUGUCCACGGUUUCGGAGCCUCCAUUCCUCACUGGCGAAGAAACAUUAGGACGUUGUCCCAGAAUUAUACCGUUUAUGCUAUUGAUCUCCUUGGCUUUGGCGCCUCGGAAAAGCCUACUGGAUUCUCAUAUACCAUGGAAAAAUGGGCUAAGUUAAUCUUGGAUUUUCUGGGCGAAAUAGUUCAAAAGCCAACUGUGUUGAUAGGGAACUCUGUUGGAAGCCUUGCUUGUGUAAUUGCUGCCUCAGAAUCUAAUGAUAAAGCACUUGUUGGAGGGUUAGUGCUUUUAAAUUGUGCUGGUGGUAUGAAUAAUAAAGCAAUUGUUGAUGAUUGGAGGAUCAAGCUUUUGUUACCUUUGCUUUGGUUUUUUGACUUUCUACUCAAACAACGACGAAUUGCUUCGGCCAUUUUUGAGCGUGUCAAACAAAGAGAUACUAUAAGGAAGGCUUUAUUGGCUGUUUAUGGGAACAAGGAAUCCGUCGAUAAAGAAUUGGUAGAGAUAAUCAUGGAACCAACGUGCGACCCAGGGGCACUUGAUGCGUUUGUUUCUAUCGUGACUGGCCCCCCAGGACCAAACCCGAUGCAGUUGAUAUCAAGAAUUUCCCAUAUCCCUCUUCUAGUAUUAUGGGGGGAUCAAGACCCCUUCACCCCGCUUGAUGGACCUCUUGGCAAAUACUUCGCUUCCCUGCCUUCUCAACUCCCCCCCAAUGCGAAUGCGAAUGUAAGCUUCUUUGUUCUGCCAGGGGUUGGACAUUGCCCCCAUGAUGACAGGCCCGAGUUAGUUCACGAAAGACUUUUACCCUGGUUGGAUCACCUUUCUAUUUAAUUUAAUGAUUAGAUGAUGAGAUUAUUGUAUAUUUUCCACUUCCAAACAAAGGCACUCUUCAAUGAAGGGGUUUUCAACUCGUUUGACAAGUUAAGCAUGUGUAACAUUUGCAUUUCAA